AUGAAGCACUCUACCUUGAUCGCCCUCCUACUGCCCCUCGGUGGCGUGCACGCUGUUGAACUGCUCUCCACUGACUAUUGGGACAUUGGCACGGACAUCCAGGGUCCGGAGCGACUGAAUGGCGUGAGCUACCAGGAAGAUGUACUCAUCACGCAUGGCAACCAUCAAUAUGUCACUUUUUACGACACGGCGCCGGCCGGGUACCUCCACCACUACGUCAACGUCGGGCGACGACAGGUGUCGCCCUCGUUGGGAGAAUGGGAGUUUCUCACCCUUACGGACUAUGUGCAGACGACCAUGGAUGGCCACAACAUGAUCUCGAUGGGUAUUUCCGGAGACGGACGAAUCCAUCUCAGCUUUGACCACCACGACGUCCCGCUCAAUUACAGGGUGUCGACAGGUGGCAUCGCGGAGGAUGUCCCGCAAGAAUGGACGGCGGACCUCUUCGGCCCUGUAAUCCACGAGCUCCCGGGUUCGGAAGGGCCCUGGGAUCCAUUGACGUAUCCUCGUUUUCAAAACCUUGACGGGGGAGACAUGCUCCUCGAGCUCAGAAUCGGAGGCUCUGGCGAUGGCGACAGCUACAUUCACCGCUACUCCGUCGAGUCGGGCGACUGGACCCCCUACGGCAUGUACAUCCAGGGCAACGACAACAAUGCCUACAUAAACGGUCUAGAUACCCACGACGGCAAGCUAUACACCUCCUGGACAGUAAGGGAAACACCCGACGCAAACACGAAUCACGAUCUUUUUUUCGCGUACUCCGAGGAUGCUGGCCAGACUUGGCUCAACAGCCAAGGAGAACAGCUCACCAAACCCAUCCUGGCCGACUCGCCCGACGCCAUGAUCUGGGAGGUUCCUCAGAACAGCGCCAUGGUCAACCAGGAAGGUCAGCUCGUCGAUGCGCAGGGCCGCUUCCACAUGCUCAUGAGGGGCAACACCUCGGGAGAACAACUCUACGAGCACUAUCUUCGCGACACGGAGGGCCAGUGGACGGUCAAUCUGAUCAACCCCGGUGACAUCUCGGGUCCUGACCUGUACGCACCACGGGGGAAGCUCGCGGCCGACAGGACAGGCAACACGCUGGUUGCGCUGCUGCCCGACGAGCCCAAGUUGGAGACGCGAAUCUACACCGCGAGCGCCUCGGACGGUUUUCGGUCCUGGGCUCUGUUGACUGUCAUUCCGAACGCAUCAACAGAGCCAUUGUAUGAUCAGAAGCGGUUGAGGGAUGAUGAUAUUUUGAGUGUCUUUGUCCGACAGGGCGGGCCCUAUCCAGAUCGGAAACUCCAAGUCUGGGACUUUCAACUCGCGUUUUGAGGGUCCCGGCCCAGCACAGACUAGAAGAUAGCAAUGGCAUUCGGGGGACUCGCGCAGCCUCCCGGCAGAUUCAGGGGGGCACUCGUGAGGAAGAAGGACCAUCUCUGCUGUACCUCGCAUUCUCUGCUCAGCGCUUCUAGAUCCCACAGUUCCCCCAUGGGCAUGCCCCAGCCCGCGAGUAAAAAGUCGUGCAGCCCUAGCAGGCAGUCAGUGAAUAUGACCAAGGAUUGCUUCUGCGGUGGACCUACGCCAUUUGUCAUCCAUGGGGACCACUUCGACGCCGUUGUUGUCGCUCGCCACAGCGGCAAAGUGGUUGUCCCACAGCCAUUCGAGAGUCUCUUCGCAUCCCUUGAGGCCAGCCCAUGCA